AUGGACGAGGACGAGGAUACCAUUAUGGCUAACUCCCAUUCCCUUCCUUCCCGCACAUCCAUCACCCAAGUCCCUCCUCCAAACCUGAGCAACCACCCUCACCCCAACUUCACCCCUUUCAUACCCCCAACUUCUGUAUCCCCAGAUUCAUCAACAGGUAUGGCUCGGCGAAAGCCCGGCGACGGCGAUAGCACAUCGACAGAUGAGGCAAAGCGCGACAGUCCAGCCGAAGCCAACUCAGACUGGUCUGGUUCUGACGAAGAGCUCAUUGUCAGAUCUGGCUUGCCGGUGGCAUCUCUUGCUACGGGUCUAUGCUAUGAUCACCGCAUGCGCUGGCACUGCGAAGUCCACCCAAAGAGCGAUGUCCACCCAGAAGACCCGAGGCGCAUCUACUACAUCUACAAGGAGCUGUGUCGCGCAGGCCUCGUCGAUGACGAAGAGUCAUCCCAGCCGUUGGCGCCGAGGACGUUGCAACGUAUUGCUGCGCGCAAUGCCGUCGAAGACGAGAUCACUCUCAUCCACACUGAUGCACACUACGCCUUUGUGCACAGUACCAAGGACAUGUCUGAUGAUACACUCAUCAAGCUGGAGGAAAAUCGCGACUCCAUCUAUUUCAACAAGCUGACCUUUUCGACGGCUCUCUUAUCUGCUGGAGGGGCGAUCGAGACUUGCAUGGCUGUUGCUCAACGCAAGGUCAAAAAUGCUAUUGCUGUCAUUCGCCCGCCGGGUCACCACGCUGAGGAUGAUGCCGCUAUGGGAUUCUGUCUUUUCAAUAAUGUCUCGGUCGCCGCGCGUGUUUGCCAGAGGAAACUUGGUGAUGCUUGUCGGAAAAUUAUGAUUCUUGAUUGGGAUGUUCAUCAUGGAAAUGGAAUCCAGAAAGCUUUUUAUGAUGACCCUAAUGUUCUCUACAUCUCUCUCCAUGUUCACCAGGAUGGCCGCUUCUACCCCGGUGGUCCUGCUGGAGAUUGGGAUCAGUGUGGCUCUGGCCCUGGAACUGGAAGGAAUGUCAACAUCCCCUGGCCUGAUCAGGGGAUGGGUGAUGCGGACUACAUGUUUGCUUUCCAGGAGGUGGUCAUGCCCAUUGCUCAAGAAUUCGAUCCCGACUUGGUGAUUGUUGCCGCCGGUUUCGACGCUGCUGCCGGUGAUGUACUUGGUGGCUGCUUUGUCUCUCCAUCUUGUUACGCACAGAUGACCCACAUGCUCAUGACUCUUUCUCACGGAAAAAUUGCCGUCUGUCUGGAGGGAGGGUAUAACUUCAAGUCUAUCUCAAAGUCGGCUUUGGCCGUGACCAAGACACUUAUGGGCGAACCACCGGAACGUUUGGCGAAGAGCUCUCCUACGGAUGCUGCAGUUAACACAGUGCGCCGGGUGCGAAGCAUCCAAUCUCGGUACUGGAGCCGCUUGUACCCCAAGACGAGCUCUCAUGCGAUGUCAGGAGAUCGGCUUCACGAUAUCAUCCGAGUUUACCAAGCGAAUCAGCUUUACGAGUCCUGCAAGCUCACGCCCCUCUACAUCUAUCGCACAGCCAUUUCCAAGUCAUUUGAGAAACAGGUUCUGGCAAGUCCUAAUUACACAGAAGAAGUGCCGCUCGUUGUUAUCUUCCAUGAUCCGCCUGAGAUUAUGGGCGAGACUCAUCCAGUCACCAAUAAGCUGGAAACCCACAAUGUCUGGAUGGCUGAUUCAUUGAAGGAUUACAUUGCCUGGAUUGUUGGUAAAGGCUACGCCGUAAUCGAUGUCAACAUUCCCAAGCACAUUUCGAAAGAGAUCCCGUCUGGUCGAUACGAGCCAGAAGAUUAUGACCGUCCAACUGCCACUGAGGAGCUCGCUGCAUACUUGUGGGACAACUACAUCGAUGCCAACCAGGCCACCGAUAUCUUCCUUCUCGGCGUGGGCAAUGCCUUUUACGGCGUGGCGAAUCUCUUGAUCAACAGGGAAAACCUCUACAAGCGUGUCAAUGGCGUUGUUUCCUUUGUAGCAGAGAACCCGAUCCGCGCGAUCAAAUCAAGCACUCAAACCUGGCUGUCCAAAUGGUACAGAGAAAACUCCAUUGUCUUCGUUGCAAACUCGCACGGUCUGUGGUCAAGCACAGACAGACGUCAUUCCAAGCGAUAUGGCCAACUGGUGCAUUCCCCCAAGUCAGAUUUGAGCGACAUGCUAGCCGAGCACAAGGAGCAGGUUUACCAGUGGAUUUCCGAUCGUGCCGAUCCUCACGAAAGCGAUGAAGCCGAGGAGUGA